AGUGGGAAUCUUAGCCUGCCCAGGGAGUGAGGCAGUUGGUAUUAAUUCUGGGAAACCCCAUGGCUGGCAGUGGACAAGCUGUUCCUGGUCACAGAUCAGUAAUCCGGAGAUGACCAGCCUCUAUGGGUGGGGCUCAAAUGGAUAGUAGAGGAAGCAGAGGCCAGAAAAGUGACACAGAAGAAGACCCUGAGCAGGGGAAGGGACUGUAGUAAGCCAUUUCUACCGCUCCCAGACUCAGUGUCCUCAUCUAUAAAGUGGGCAUAAUAAGGAUGUUCUCUCCCAGUGUUAUUUGAGGUGAAAGGCACGUGGAUGGCUUUUACCCUAGUUCUAGGCUCAAGGUCUGAGGAAGUGACCACUGCUAUUUUUAGAGGCCACACAGCCAGUCCAGUGUGAAAGGUAUCCAGACAAAGCAGAACUGGUGGCUUCCUCUUUCAGCCAUUUCCCAUGGUGGAGAUAAUGACCAAGGUCUCUGUAUUCCCCUGCCCAGUCCACAGGCCUGUCAUGCUGGGGACUCCCCACUUCUGCACCCACAGCAUGAAGGGAGGCGGAGGCAGGUGCUACAACUGCCUCCCGUGGCUGCCCCCAGGACAUGUGCCUGGCGAUUUGGGCAACCAGCUGGAGGCAAAGCUGGACAAGCCGAAGGUCGUGCACUACCUCUGCUCCAAGAAGACGGACAGCUACUUCACGCUCUGGCUGAACCUCGAACUGCUGCUGCCUGUCAUCAUUGACUGCUGGAUCGACAAUAUCAGGCUGGUCUACAACAGGACGUCCCGGGCCACCCAGUUUCCCGAUGGUGUGGAUGUGCAUGUCCCUGGCUUUGGGGAGACCUUCUCACUGGAGUUCCUGGAUCCCAGCAAAAGCAGUGUGGGUUCCUAUUUCCACACCAUGGUAGAGAGCCUUGUGAGCUGGGGCUACACAAGGGGUGAGGACGUCCGGGGGGCCCCUUAUGACUGGCGCCGAGCCCCAAGGGACAACAACCGGAUCCCAGUCAUCAGUCCCCUGAAGAUCCGGGAGCAGCAGCGGACUGCUGUCUCUACCAGCUGGCUGCUGCCCUACAACUAUACCUGGUCACCUGAGAAGGUCUUUGUACGCACAUCCACGACCAAUUACACGUUGCGCGACUAUCGCCAGUUCUUCCAGGACAUCGGCUUCGAAGACGGCUGGCUCAUGAGGCAGGACACGGAGGGGCUGGUUGAAGCCAUGGUGCCACCUGGCGUGCCACUGCACUGCCUCUAUGGCACGGGUGUCCCCACACCAGAUUCCUUCCACUAUGAGAGUUUCCCCGACCGUGACCCUAAAAUCUACUUUGGUGAUGGCGACGGCACUGUGAACUUACAGAGUGCCCUGCAGUGCCAGACCUGGCGCAGCCGCCAGGAACACCAGGUCUCACUGCAGGAGCUGCCAGGCAGCGAGCACAUUGAGAUGCUGGCCAAUGCCACUACCCUGGCCUAUCUGAAACUCCUGCUCCUUGGGCCCUGAUUUUUGUGCCAGGCAGGGCUGUGGGAUGGCUUGGCCACAGCUGCUGCUCUUGACCUCCCGGGCUGCCGUGGCCCAUGAGUUUAGCAGUUUGUAACUGACCUUCCAAGGCCAUACGUCUUGGGUUAUGAAACAUCUGCCGUUGGGAAGUGCCAUUUCUUACCCUUUCUCUGGAAGAGAGGAAGGAAGAAAUAGUCUGGACUCACUCAAGGGACUCUUAAUGGAGAGAAUGCUGCUGCUGAUGGAAUCGUUGUGACCUCAGGACCGGCAGCAGGUGGAUUGGCUGCACCUGGAUCCAAUCCCCCAACUCAGGGUCCAUGUGUUCUCCUGCUACUCCUGUGGCCAUUUCACAUUGCCCACUAGGCCCUGGCCCCUCAGACUUCCUGUGAGGGAUAUCACUGAGCUGUGGUCCCUGCCCCCAGAGAUCCCAGCGAUGGGCUCCUUGUCCCUAGGGUGAUGCUUCCCACUGGCUGGCCACAGGUACCACUGCCACUGGCCACGGGUAGCUGGAGCUGCUGGCUUUCCUGUGGCCUUGCUGCACAACAGCCCAACUGUGGCUCUCUGGGGGCAGCCCGUUUCCCCCUGCAGGCAGGGGUGGGCUGUGUUUUCUGUGGUUCCCAGGCUGUGGGGCAUUCACUCCUACCUCCCUCACCUCCAAGAAUAGCCUCGCUGAGGAGUGGGCAGCCCCUCCCCCCCCAGUUCUGCAGGCUGUAUCCCAGGAGCUCUGAUCCCCUGGUGGGCUGUCACCGGUUGACAGUAUCAAUGCUGGCUCCCUUCACCCUAGAACUGCUAUUCAGGACUCAGUGCCAUAGCCUUUUAGAUCCUGAUGAAGAAAGAGAACUCAAGAUCGGACCAAAGUGACUCAGAGCUUCCCUAACCUGACCUUUUUUUUUUUUUUUAAUUAACCUGACCUCUUGCUAACCCCAUCACCAUAUUGUCACCCUGCCAUAGGGUUUCUCUAGCACCCACGUGGGCCGGCACAGGGCUGAGAGGAGGUUGGGCUCCCGCCCACCCUGCCCAGCACCUACCUCCACCAGGCAGCACAGUGGUGUUUAGUCUGCAGGGACUAGUUCAGGAACUUGAGUGGGCCCCUGUGAGAGCCAGGUGCCUUGGAGCCCUCCUGCGGGGUUCCUGUCUGCCCCCAGAUGCUGCGUGGGUCGAGCAUGUCAAACUCAAAGGCUAACACGGGCCAAAUACACGAGGCAUGCGGCCCGUGGGCUUUGAGUUUGACAUGCUUGGUAUGGUCUUCCUAUGACAGCAGAGCUGGAGAGUCUGUAUCUGCCUUUUGGCAGUGGUCUCUGAGUGGGCAACAGCUAUAGGCCAAGACUUGGUUCUCUAGCCUCUAGGGUGAGGGCCCAAAACCACAAUCAGGCGGGACUGUGCUGCCCUCUCACAGGUUUCUUUGGAGCCGGAUUUUCUCUGUUGCGUACGUACCCAGCGUCUGUCUCUCCCUGUGUUCCUGAGGGGUGGGCCCCCUAUCGGGCCCUGAGCAGGCUGUAUCUUGAUUGUGGCAAUAAAAGUAUUCUGGAUGCUGUAAA